CUGGACUAAUAUCAAUUCAUCAUAAAUAGCAUCAAUGAAUUCAACACGUUAAUGUGUGCAGUUGAAUUAACUCACACGUGAUACUUGGUCAAAUCAGUGAAUUUUGAAUGACAUCAAAGUCUCACAAUCGUUAUCAGUUAUCCAAGCUACAACGACAAAUAAAAUGAAGUGGAUUAGUAAAAUUGCUUAUGGAACGGGUCAAAUGCUUAAAGAUCUUGUUGCAGGAGUUAUCAGUAUAUUCUACAUCAUAUUCUAUGAAGGUUGUAUCAGUUUGAGUAGUUCACAAGUUGGGGCAUUAUUACUGUGUGGUCAGAUUGCCAAUGGAUUAGCCACACCAUUGAUUGGUUAUUUAUCAGAUCGUCCACUCGGUCUAACUGAAAAACCGACAACUGGUCACCAGUCGAUAACGUGUGAAGAUGGAAGUGUAAAGAAGGAUAAGAGGUUUCUCAGUCGAAUGAAACGACAGUUGAGACUUGGACAGAGAAAGUCAUGGCAUUUAGGUGGAUGUUUAUUGAUGCUUGUUGCUUUUCCGUUGAUGUUCGGACAACCGGAAUAUUUUGUUGGUCUUCCAAUUGUGGUGAAGUUAUUAAUCAAUGGCAUGCUUAUAAUUUGUGUUCAGGUAUGUGGAAUUCUUGAAAUCACUCGGAAAAAUAUUAGGUGAUAAUGUUGGUCGAUUGAGUGAAUAUUUUAG